UAAUAUGGGAUACCCAAUUAUAUAAAUCUUACCCUAAAACUCACCAACACCAGAAUAACACUAAAACUUAUUUUUGAACCCACUUUUGCUUCCUCCCCAGAGAAGCUAGGGACUGAAGUAAGCUUAGUAUUUUUUUGUGUGUUCUGGUGUAGGCAAGUUUACACAGUAUGGGCCUACUUCUUGUAUCCAGUAAAUGCGGUUUUACAAUACUAUCUGUGGACACAUGAUGUUUGGGUAAUUCUGAUAUAAAGUCAAGCUCACACCCACCAGUCCAAAUUUCUGAGUAUUCUCUUCACAACUCACGUUAUAUUCUCCGACAUGCCUUCCCGCACUUGGCCCUACACGAAUGAUAAUGGGCAAUCCGAGGAAUUUAAGCCCAAAAUGACUGAUGGAGUCAUCGAGACUGACUUACUGAUUGUUGGAGCUGGGCCUGCUGGAGCAGCUCUGGCUUGUUUUCUGGCCCAUCAUGGUGAGUCCGUAUAUAUUCCUUGAGUAUUCUCUACCUGCCUACAUACAUCUUACAGAGCUUUUCAAUGCCUGGAGAAUGAAAUAAGUAGCAAGAGCAAAAUGAAUAACGGUACUAAUAUUCCUAGGACUUCGAGGAAUGGUUAUCGCAGCCACUCCUGGUACGGCUGACACUCCUCGUGCCCACAUUACCAACAUGGCAGCAAUGGAAUGUUUGCGUGAUAUAGGUUUGGAAAAAGAGUGUUUACAAGUUGCUGUUAAGGGUGAUUCGAUGUUACACACGCGGUGGUGUCGUACUUUAGCUGGCGAGGAGUUUGCAAGAAUUUACUCAUGGGGAAAUGACCCAAACCGCGCUGUAAGUUGAGGAGUAAAAUGAAGGAGCUUUGUAAAAGCAAAACUAACAUGUGCGGCAGGGCGAUUAUGAUGCUGCAAGUCCAUGCAAACAUGUUGAUAUUCCUCAGACCGUUCUGGAGCCAAUCCUGAUCAAUCGGGCAUCUCACAGUGGGUUUAAUUGUCGGUUUGAUACCACCUUCUUAUCUUUUGAAAAUGAUUCGGCCUCAAAUACAAUUAUCAGCAAAGUCCAAGACAAUUUAACGAAACAAAUCUAUCACAUCCGGUCUAAAUACUUAUUCGGAUGUGAUGGAGCUCGAAGUCAAGUUUUGAGACAGUUACAAAUCCCUUUAAUCAAAAAGCCUGGAAAAGGGGUAGCUGUAAACGUACUGGUCAGAGCGGAAUUGGGACAUAUCAUGGAGAAUAGAAUGGGAAAUUUGCAUUGUGUUAUGAGGCCGGAUGAAGAAAAUCCUGACUAUGGAUGGACUGGUAUUGCCAGAAUGGUGAAACCUUGGAAUGAGUAGGUUCUCUGCCAAGUUUGAUUAAAAACAAUACUGACAUUUCAGGUGGUUGUUUGUUCUUCUUCCUUAUCCUGGAAAAAAUGUCAAUGCAUCAGACGAAGAGUAUUUGGAAUGUGUUAAAGAUAUGAUCGGAGAUGAGUCAAUUUCCGUUGACUUACUCGGAGUCUCGAAAUGGACUAUCAAUGAAACGGUGGCGGAAUACUACUCCGACGGCAAUAUGUAUGUCUUCUACCUCCAUCAUGCUCUAUUUCGCCCACUAAGUUACCCAGCUUCUGCCUCGGUGAUGCAGUUCACCGUCAUCCACCAAUAAACGGCUUAGGAUCCAACACUUGCAUCCAAGAUGCUUUUAAUCUUGCCUGGAAAAUUGCAUACGUCCUGAAGGGGAAAGCAGAUAGCGAUCUCCUCAAUUCGUAUAGCUUGGAGCGGCAGCCGGUCGGCCAAUCCGUCGUCAAACGAGCUAAUGAAGGGCUUCGAGACCACUUUCCAAUAUGGGAAGCAUUAGGGAUGAUAGAUCCAUCUGCCGAAAUUCGCCGAAAACAUUUUGCGGAACUUCAGGAAGCUACACCAGAGGGAGUAGCGCGUCGAGCACGAUUCCAAGCUGCGAUAGAAACAACGGCGCAUGAGUAUCAUGGUGUAGGUAUUGAGAUGAACCAACGCUAUGAAUCUUCCGCUAUUUUUGCUUCCGACGAAAAGCCAAGACCAUCUUUGCCAAGGGAUCCAAUUCUCGAACAUGAGAUUACUACUUAUCCCGGAAACCGUCUUCCACAUGCGUGGUUAAACACCAAGGUUCCAGGGAAACGGUUUUCAACCAUUGAUCUUGCUGGACAUGGAAAAUUCUCCCUUUUCACGGGAAUUGGAGGAGAGAAAUGGAGAAAUUCUGCCAUGAAAGCGGCAGAGACUCUUGGGAUUGAGAUUAGUGUGCACUCGAUUGGCUGGAGGCAAGAUUAUGAGGACGUAUAUUUUGAUUGGGCACGACGAAGGGAAGUCAACGAGAGUGGAUGCGUUUUGGUGAGACCCGAUAGAUUUGUCGCUUGGAGAUCUAUGGAUAUGAUAGACGUACCGGACGAGAAGUUAUUGCUAGUGCUGAAGACUAUUCUGAGUCGCUAGACAGCGGGAAACCUGCGGGAUGCAAGGACGAAGGGAUUCAAAUUGCUGGAUCUAUGUGAAACAUUGAAAUUAAUCUGAAGUAUUGGCAUUUAGAAUAUGAGAAUUUAGAAACAUUAGGGAAUGG